UCUUUUUUCAGUGAGCUGCGAUGCUGUCAAAAGCCAUUUGGCCUUGGUGAAGGGACCCUAGCUUUUCAUGCACAUCAUGACCAAAUAGUUCUUACCAACUCGUCAGUUGGCAAGUUACAGACAAACAUGCAAUGAAUUUGGACUCAGUUGAAUAAAGCUGCGGAAGUAUGAUUUUUCAGAACAUUGAAGAAAUAGAUGUACAUUAACUCCACUUUCUGUGGACUCCGGAGGGUCAGGAUGCAUCCAUGGCAAGCGAGCUCUCCAAGAAGAAGAUCCUGCCCGGUGCUACACAUUCUUUCAGCCCUUGUGGCUUCAGUGAGGGGUCAUUCAUUAAGUUCGCACCAUGUCAAGUAGAAGGUCUGCUUCCCGGAGCGAUGUGGAAGGUUUCGUAUCUGAGGGUCUACCCACAGGAGCUAGCACGCGCGUGGGAUGAAUGCAGGUCGUUGGGGGACCGCUUCUUUGACAAGAAGGAAUCCCGCUUGACCCGCUGGGGUGACAAACAGACCGUAGGGUUUGCCAGUGUGAAGAACAUGAGAUUCAAUUUCAAAGCCCUGGAGUGUAUGGCCAGUUGGUAGUGUCCAGUGGUGCCUUGGCCAAGAUGAUCUGCACAAAUGAUCCUCGAGAUGAGGCAGGGUGUCCUCAAAUGUAGGACCGGAUAACCCCACAUGUGAGCAACUUAGCAAGAGAGAAUGUCUGCGUAGGUGCUUGGUGACAAUUGGUGGGUGGCAAUUGGUUGGUGUUCAAUUGGUUGAUGACAAUUGGUUGAUGACCAUGGUUUUGUAAAAAAACAGGCCCUCAAAAAUAACCCUUCCGAAGGGCAGAGGCCCACCAGCAC